AGUCCAUUUCUUUUCCCCCUAUGUCUAGCUUUCCCUGAUUCAUGCUUCUCACAUUCUGUGGGCCCCGUGGUGGUGCAGCAGGUUAAACCGCUGAACUGCUGAACUUGCUGACUGAAAGGUCCCUCUUCAAGUACAGCUGUGGUCGGGAGUCCGAGAUCUGGCAUCGCCCCCCAUAUCUAUAUUCUAUAAUGCCCUCCCAACGAAUACUGCAGCUAGCAGAACCUAAACAAUACUUAGACAUCUACCUGAAACAAAGACCACGAAGCUCCCCAAUAUCGACUGUCAGCCCCCCUGCAAUUCAUUGCAAUGCUUCCCCGCGGAUUCUGCUCCUUUCCCAACCAAGACCCCUGAAUCCAUACUUCGUCCUGCCAAGAGAGGCUGAAACACAGAUUUCACUGUCUUCAAAGAGAACUUCAGCAUCCCUGAGGACUGAGCGUCUAGCCCAGCCAGUAGUGAAGAAGUAUUCAGUGUGCUAUGAUAACAGAUGUGUGGAAGCUCCAAUCCGCAGAGUGAACCCAGCUGCCCUGCAAGCCGUGGCAAGUCCAAGGGUAGUAGAGCUUGCUAAAGCUAAAACUCUCCCUCCUGAAUGUUCCCCAGAUCGUUCCGCUAUGUGGCCCGUGUCAUCGGCAGCAAAAAAUGCGGUGGCGACGUCUAGACUCGAGGAACUUGCUCUGCCUCCUAAAAGGGCUCCCACCUUCCUUGUCCAGUUUGAUCCAGAUGCCUUUGUAGUCAAGGAUGCGGCUAAGAAUGCGUUGUGUUCGGAAAGGCUCAAGCAAUUAUCACAGCCAGUUAAGCGCUGACUACUCUACCCAUACUACCUAAUUUGAAGUAAAUUAGGAGGAGUGUGCUUAUCUUCUUGGCUUUUUAAAAAAAUCAUUUGUGUUCAACAAGUAGGAUCCUGCCAUUUUGUGGGGUAGAUAAAGGGCUUGUCUUCAUCUAUCCUUUGCCCCAAAGUAGACUAGACAUUGAGUCUGGAUGUCCAGAUUAAGCCAUUUUUGCCCUAUGUUGAACCAAGUCAGGGCAAUCUUCUCUGGAGAUUUGCUGAAACUCUGGAGCAGCCCUACACUUCAGGUUGAGUGUCGACAACACAACCACUCCAUUCUACCCCUCUAUUCAGACCACACCUGGAAUACUGUGUCCAGUUCUGGGAAGCGUAGUUUAAGGGAGAUAUUGACAAGCUGGAUUGUGUGCAGAGAAGGGCGACAAAAUGAUCAAGGGUCUAGAGAAGAAGCCCUAUGAGGAGCGGCUUAAAGAGCUGGGCAUGUUUAGCCUGCAGAAGAGAAGGCUGAGAGGAGACAUGAUAGACAUGUACAAAUAUGUGAGAGGAAGUCAUAGGGAGGAUGGAAGCAAGCUUGUUUCGUUCUGCCCUGGAGACUAGAACAUGGAACAAUAGGUUCAAACUACAGGAAAGGGGAUUCCACCUGAACAUGAGGAAGAACUUCCCGACUGUGAGAGUUAUUCAGCAGGCCGUUGGAUGUGCUUUGAAUGCGAUUUUCCUGAUUCUUGGCAGGGGGUUGGACUGGAUAGUCCACAGGGUCUCUUCCAAGUCUAUGAGUCUAUGAUUCUAUGAUCUGCUCCAGGGUCCAUAAGAUCAGGCUUGUGUCAUUCCCUAUUGCUACAGCAAAUGGCCACAGAACUUUGGAGGGUUCCUGGCUGUCAUCAGUUGCUUUUACUGAUCCCUUCCCUCCUUCUGGGUUCCAAAGGUGUCCAGCAAUGACCAGGAGGUCUUCUGGGUUUUGUGGCCAUCAAGCAGUAGCAAUGGGGAGGAAAGAUAAGGUGGCAAACUGUUCAGUGAGGCCAAACCCAUUGGAUGGCCUGAACACCACCCUGCUCCUGUUGUGGGACAGACCUUCAGGGUUCGUUAGUCCAAGACUGAUCCCAAAUUAUGAGCUAUAUGUAGAUGAGCCAUAAGAGGCAUUCAUUUUUUUCCAGGAAGCCAUGGUGGCGCAAGGGUUUAAACCCUUGUGCCGGCGGAACUGCUGACCUGAAGGUCGUCAGUUCGAAUUUGCGAUACGGGGUGAGCUUCUUUCUGUCAGUUCCAACUCCCCAUGUGAGGACAUGAGAGAAGCCUCCCACAGGAUGGUAAAACAUCUGGGUAUCCCCUGGGCAACAUCUUUGAAGAUAGCCAAUUCUCUCACACCAGAAGUGACUUGCAGUUUCUCAAGUUGCUUCUGACAUGAAAAAAAUUGCUCACAGUGGAAAUAUUUAUUUAUUAUUGUAAACAGUUCUGGGCAACUGUGUCUGAUUAUUGGAACGGAGGGAUUCAAUUAUAACUCUAAACCCCUCUAGUUCUCCAAGGCUUGUAACGUUGCUGGAGCUGUAUAAAAGAUAGCCCAGACUGGUUCUCUGUUACUUCAGAGACAGAGCUAGAACCAGGGAGUAGAAAUGGUGGAGAAACACAUUUAAGCCACAGAUCAGGAAACAAAAUAUAUUGCAAUAAUAAGAGCUGUUCAGCAGUACAUAAAGCCUUGUCUUGGGAGGCAUUGAAGCAGAGGCCGGAUGACUAUCUGUAAGGUUGGCUGCAUGUACAAACUGUGUGCAAACCAGGCAUUGUGGAUCAUACAUUUAACAGAGUGUUGAAAUAGAUUACCUCCAAGUUAUCUUCCUAUUAUUCUAUGAUCCUGCAAUAGCACUUUGGAAUUCAAAGGUACCCUUUAAAAUGUUAUAUAAAUUAUUUAUAACAGCUUCCUGAAGUCUAAAUGGACUUCAGCUGGCCAGCUUUAUCCUGAUUAAGAACUCAUAUUUCUCUGCCAACCAACAUGUUUUUUUUAAUAAACCAUUAUAAUUUUAAUAUAAAAUGCCUCCUUCACCAAAUAUGUUGCUAUCAUCCUCUUUUUUUUAAAAAAAGAAGAACAAUGUAGUAGUAAUGUAUUAUGUGGAAGAGACCAUCAAGGUAGGAAGAAAAAAGCCACCAAGGUGGGAUGGAGUGACUAGAGGUUAGGGUUAGGGUUACGGUUCCUUCCUUUCAUUAAAUCUGUUGGAAGAAUUUCUCACUUAUCUCAGGUUUAUUUAUUUAUCAUGUCAGAAGUGAAUUGAGAAUACAGUUACAAUGCCUAAAAAAACCUUUUAAAAACACAAACAAAGUUAAAAACUUGGCACUGUAUUAAAUUUCCUUUGACCAGAAGCUAGCCGCUUGGAGUGCCUCUGGUGUGGCUGUAAGAAGGUCCUCCAUUGUGCAUGUAGCAGGGCUCAGGCUGCAUUGUAGUAAGUGAUGUGUGGUUUGCUCUUCUGCACACUCGCAUGUCGUGGACUCCACUUUGAGGCCCCAUUUCAUAAGAUUGGCUACAUUUCCUGGUGCCAGAGCGCAGUCUAUUCAGUGCCUUCCAAGUCACCUAGUCUUGUGUGCCCAGGAGGGAGUCUCCCAUCCAGUAUCAGCCAUAGAUUGAGGUUCUGGGUUUUAGCCUGCCACUUGUGGACUCUCACUUGCUGAGGUAUUCCUGUGAGUAUCUCUGUAGAUCUUAGGAAGCAAUUUCUUCAUUUAAUGCGUUGACUUGUUGGCUGAUAUCCGAACAGGGAAUGGGCCAGAGAUGUCACUGCCAUGGUCCUUUCAUUAUUAUAUUCUGCUUCCUGUCAGAUGUCAGGUAGUGCAAUAACAGCUAAACAGUAUAAUUUCUCCAAUGGUGUAGGUCAUAGGCACCCUGUGAUAAUGCGGUGUCUCAUUUUCAUAAUGCAUUCAACACUUAAAUAAAAUGGAACAGAUAUGCAAUUGCAUCUAAGCCUUCUGGCUGAAUGGUCCCUGCAUAAGUAUGUGUGUGGUACUUAUGUGUCAGUGAAAUAUGCUAUCCGUAUAUAGAGUCCCUUAUUAUGUGUGACACUGUUGCAUUCAUUUAUUGGUACUUGUGUGUGCAGGAUUGUCCAUAGUGAUAUGUUUCCACAAUGUACGUAUCAUAUUUAUGUCUGUGGUGCUCAUGUAGGGGCUGCUGUGGUGCAACGGGUUGAAUCGCUGAGCUACUGAACUUGCUAACUGGAAGGUUGACAUUUUGACAUUUUGAAUCUGCAGGACGGGGUGAGCUCCUGCUGUUAGCCCCAGCUCCUGCCAACCUAGCAGUUCAAAAACAUGCAAAUGUGAGUAGAUCAAUAGGUACUGCGUUGGCGGGAAGAUAAACAGCCACAUGACUUAGGAGGUGCCUACGGACAACGUAAGCUCUUUGCCUUAGAAAUGGAGACGAGCACCACCCCUCAGAGCCGGAAGGGGAAGUCUUUACCUUUAUCAGUCUAUCUGUGUUUUGUUGUUUCUAGGCACUGAAUAUUUGCCUUUGUGUCUGUGCUUGGUGGAAUCCAACCUGAGUCCCCUCAGGGAGAUAGGGUGGAAUACAAAUAAAGUAUUUAAAUUAUUAUUAUUAUUAUUAUUAUUAUUAUUAUUAUUAUUAUUAUUAUUUAAAACGCUUGUGAUUGUGCGGAACAGUCGUGCUGUGCUCCUCCUGUAUAUAUGUGUAUCUAUGGUAUUUAUUCUCAGAUUUUCAUUAAAUUUUAUGUCAGGUUUGAAAUAUUUUUAUUUCCAUAACAUUGGUGGUAGAGUUGUAGAGUUGCUGUUCAUGUGAUUUGGUUACAUUGACUCUUUUUGCAUAUCUUUUUCCUGGAUGUGAUUCCUUGAUUAUAUGAAAAUGCAAUGGCAUGCAGGGGUUAACAUUCAAAUUCUAACUAAAAUCUCUUGACAAAUAUGGAAAACAGAACAAUGUCCUGUAGAUUGGAAACAUCCCAAUUGCUAAGAAAUGGAACACUAGGAAUUUUAGUAACCACUGGACCAUUGCAAACAAAAUGAUGCUAAAAAUUCUACAAUGAAGAUUUUACCAUAUUUGGAGCAAGAAAUACCAGAUGUCCAAACUGGGAUUUGGAAAGGAAGAUAAUCUUGCAAACAUACAUUGUAUAAUAGCAUGAAACAAAUAAUUUCAGAAUAAACUGAUUUGUGCUGUAUGGAUUAUAGCAAAACUUUUGAUUGUAUAAAUAACAGAAAACUAUAGAUUGCUCUUAAAGAAAUAGGUAUGCUACAGCA